AUGAGCGGUAUCAUGCAGUGUGGGGAUGUUGCUGUCAGACAAUCUGCUUGCACUGGAAAUACAGCCGAUGAUCGUAGCACUUGGUGCGAUUAUGAUACGAGCACCAAUUACUACGAUGAAGGACCCGAUACUGGUGUGACUGUGGAGUACUGGUUCGAUAUUCAGAAUGUUACACUGGCGCCUAAUGGAGUGGAGCGAACAUAUCUUACAGUGAAUGGAAGUUUACCCGGGCCUACCAUUAUUGCAAAUUGGGGUGACACUAUUGUCGUUCACGUUACCAACUCUCUGGACAUCAAUGGAACAACAGUACAUUUCCAUGGUAUUCGACAAAACUUCACUAAUCCAUACGAUGGCGUGCCUUCUAUCACGCAAUGUCCAACAGCGCCUGGGGAUACCAUGACAUAUACCUUCAAGGCGACUCAGUAUGGCUCUUCCUGGUAUCACUCCCACUAUGCCAUGCAGGCCUGGGACGGUGUGUUUGGUGGCAUCAUCAUUAAUGGCCCAGCUACUGCCAACUAUGAUGUUGACCUGGGAAAUCUGUUCUUGAUGGAGUGGGACCAUCUCACUGCUAGUCAGCUGUACAGUUAUGUGCAGUAUACUGGUCCGCCAGUUGCAGACUCGGGUCUGAUCAAUGGCACGAAUAUGAAUGACACUCUGGGGUCGUACUGGGAGCAGACUGUAACUUCUGGCUCAUCUUAUCUCCUUCGAGUCGUCAAUGCUGCAAUUGACACUCACUUUGAUUUCUCCAUCGAUAAUCACACUCUACAGGUCAUUGCAUCCGAUUUCGUCCCCAUCGUUCCCUACACUACCACCUCCAUCUCCAUCGGCAUGGGCCAACGCUACGAUGUGAUCGUCACAGCAAACCAAGCCUCUAUCGCAUCCGACUUCUGGCUCCGUGCCAUCCCCGACACUUUCUGUUCAACCAACUACAACCCCGAUCUAAUCAAAGGCAUCAUCCACUACGACGACAGUACAGCCACACCCACCACAACAGCCUACACCAUCACCGAAAACGACUGUCUCGGCGAACCCAGCGCGUCCAUUGUGCCCUUUGUAGCGUUGACAGCGAGCACAGCUGCCGACGUCUCGCUGGACGAUGAAGUCACCGUCGAAGCCGGCGAUAUCGAAACUGGAGUGGUGGAAAAGUGGUUUUUGGGAGAUGUGAAUUUUGUGGUGAAUUGGAAACAACCGACUGCUUUGUUGGUUGUUGAGGGCGAAAAUACGUAUAAUGAAAGUUAUGCUGUGACGGAGAUGCCUACGAAAGAUACUUGGAUGACUUUGAUUAUUGAGCAGACUUUUCCUUUGCCUCACCCCAUCCACCUCCACGGCCACGACUUCUUCGUCCUCGCCUCCGGCUCCGGAACCUACGCAGAUUCCAACGCAGUUCUCCAAACCGAAAAUCCUCCUCGCCGAGACGUCCAAAUGCUCCCCGCUGCAGGCUACCUCGUCAUUGCAUGGCAAGCAGAUAAUCCUGGAGUGUGGUUGGCGCACUGUCACAUUGGGUGGCAUACGGCUGAGGGAUUUGCUUUGCAGUUUGUGGAACGAUAUGAUGAGAUUGCGGGGUUGUAUAAUUCUACAGAGUUGGAGGACUCUUGCGAGGCGUGGAGUACAUUUCAGACGAGUGCGGGGAUCUUGCAGGAUGAUGAUGGGAUUUGA